CUGGUCACACUAAUUUUAAGCGUGCAGUUUUAUGUGUCAAUUAUAAAAAAGUCAGAUUAAAAUAGAUUAAUAUAUAAGCAAUGAGUUUAUCCAAUUUCACUAAACCACAAGUCUGCCAAUCAACAUCCCUCUUGGUUGAAGGUUGCCGUCUGCCAGUACGUUUGGAAAAGCAGUCGGAUAAUUGGAAACUUGCGGAAAUAAUUUGUGUCCGCAAACAAGAUGAAAAAGUGCAAUUCUAUGUGCAUUAUGUGGAUUUUAACAAGCGAUUGGACGAAUGGGUCGAUGAGGAAGACUUUGAUCUUACACAAGUGCAAUUUCGCAAAAUUGAUUCCGAUAUGAAGCGUAACACCACGGCCAUUGUCGAUGUGGAAAUGUGCGAUGCCGCUAGCUCAUCAAGAAUUCAAAAUAUUAAUAAUGAUGACGUCACCGAGAACAUAAAAAAUAUUGCACUUAUUGAACUCGGUCGCAAUCGCAUUGAGCCCUGGUAUUUCUCUCCAUAUCCAAUAGAAAUGACCACUUUGCCGUGCAUUUACCUUUGUGAAUUCUGUCUCAAGUAUGUGGCCAGUGAAAAGUGUCUGGCCCGUCAUUUGAUCAAAUGUAAUCUUCGUCAUCCACCGGGCAAUGAAAUCUAUCGCAAGGAUUCGAUAUCUUUUUUCGAAAUUGAUGGACGCAAGAACAAAAUCUAUGCCCAAAAUCUUUGCUUGCUAGCUAAACUCUUUCUUGAUCAUAAGACACUCUUCCAUGAUGUGGAUCCAUUUUUGUUUUAUAUCAUGACUGAAUUCGAUGCACGAGGCUUUCACAUUGUUGGCUACUUCUCCAAGGAAAAGGAAAGUGCCGAUAAUUAUAAUUUGGCCUGUAUUCUUGUUUUACCGCCCUAUCAACGUAGCGGUUAUGGCAAGGUGCUUAUUGAAUUCAGUUACAUCCUAUCGCAAUUUGAGCACAAGAUUGGUGCACCAGAGAAGCCCCUCUCGGAUUUGGGUUUAUUAUCGUAUCGUUCCUAUUGGUCGCAAGCUAUACUUGAGGUAUUGCUAAGCCAGGUGCCUGUUGAGAAUGAGGAAAGACCAAGCAUCAGUGUCAAAGAAAUUUCUGAAUGUACUUCCAUUAGAAAGGAGGAUGUAAUAUCAACUUUACAUCUUUCAAAUAUCAUCAAAUACUACAGGGGUCAAUAUAUUGCCUGCAUCACUCCAGAAAUUAUAGAACAACAUAAACGUUCCUUAGAGAAACGUUCGGUACGCAUCGACAUCAAUUAUCUACGUUAUGAACCAAAGGAGUGGGUCAAGCGUCACAAAUAAUUAUUGGACAAGGAAAAACAAUUAUGACAGGCGAGAGGAGAAUCCCCUCAGGGGAUCAUUAACCGAUUUUGUAUAAAUUUUAUUAAUCAGGCAUCUUAAAAACAAACAGAUUUGUGUCAUACGAAAUAUUUUUUUAAACUUUAAGAACUUUUUGUUCCCUUCAAGAUUAAAGACAUAUCAACUGCCGUCUAUAUUGUUAACAAAUCUGGUCAAAAAAUUUUAAU